AGCAGUUAAUGGCAUUCUUGUCUUAAUCUUGCACACAUUACUUAAAAAAUGCAUUGCAUACAAUUUCUUACCUCAUUGUGUAAUUGUAGUUGUGUGUCAUGACAUAAUCUCGAAACUUUGAGCUAUGUAUCACCCAGUGAAAUCAUUUAAUUGAGUAACAUUUGACCGGACUGCUCUGGAUUGUGACCACCCUGAUUUCACGGGUUACUAUAGAAAAACAAUGAUAAACACCAAUCAGACAAUCACUAACGUUUAGUAUACCACCUAAAGAUAACUUCAAUUUCCUCCAUCGGUUUGAAACGCGUUAAAGCAACACGGUUAACUUAAGCGACAUAAUCAAUCAUGAGCGGCGAACAUUCGGGGAAGUUCUCGCUUUUCGUUCUCGUGUUCAGUGUUACCGUGGCAGUAUUAUGGAUGCCGGAUUUCCCGAGGGUAGUUUCCAUGAAGACAGCGGACGCUGAACUUAAAUUCUCCGGUGGCGGACGUCGCCUUAAUCUGCAAAAACCCGACGUAGAUGAACGAUUUGUUUACGAAGUGAUGCAAAACUACGACGAGACCGUGAACCGCUUCCUAGCCAAGUCGCUCAUCGCUGGUCACUUGGAGGCCAGCUACCAGUACCUAUAUAUGUCGAACAUUUUCGCGCGCAGUGACGUCGCCCUUCCAGGGUUUGCAAAGUUUUUCCAGAAGGCUUCCAACACAGAACUGAACAAUGCCCAGUUCCUUUUGAGCUACAUAAAUAAGCGAGGAGGCUUCUAUGAGUUUAGGGACAUCGACCGUCCCUCCGUGUUUACCUUCGUUGAGAAGGAGGACUUAGCCAUUGAGUCGCUUGGUAAGGCCCUCCACCUGGAAACUGUAAUCUACCAACGCCUCACCAAGAUACACGAACGCGUUGAACGCAAGGGUGACGCUCAUUUGUCGCACACUCUACAGGACCACUUCUUAGAACAGAAGGUAGACUUUAUCAAGGAGCUAAAGGACCACAUCGCCCGCCUCAGCAUCAUGAAACCCGGCCAAUACGACCAGGCAGUGUACCUAUACGACAGGGAGAUCUAACAACGAGGGCUUCUUAACAGAAAUUCCUAGCAAGAUACUUAAUCAACACCAAUAAUAUUUCUUAUGACAUACUAAAAUGUAUUAACAAUAAUUAAAAAAAAUCAACGUUCAAAAGACGACUGUGAUUUUGAAACAAAAAUAAUAAACGCAUGAACCACUAAUUGUUAAGUUUGUAUGCUAUGUUAAAAUUCUCAGAUUGAUGAAACGGCAUUAACAAUAAUUAUGUUGGAUAUAUAUACAAUUUUUUGUUAACGACAUGCUCGCUGAUUGCUUGUUAUUUGUAAAUAAAACAAACAAAAUAAAUAUGUCAAGAUUCAUCAUAAUAAAAAAAA